AUGUGGAACCCGGCUUCAUGUCUUCCUUUCGUCACUAUCCUUCUCGUUGUAUGGAUACUUAUUUUGUCAUCAUCUCUGCACAUAAUAGAUGAAGGUUUCGUUGGAGUGUAUUAUAGAGGUGGUGCGUUGUUGCAACAAAUCAGCACUCCUGGAUUUCACAUGAUGAUACCAUUAAUAACAACUUUCCGUGCGGUCCAGACAACCUUGCAAACAGAUGAAGUCAAAAACGUGCCUUGUGGUACAAGUGGUGGUGUUGUAAUCUAUUUCGACCGAAUUGAGGUAGUCAACCUUCUCUCAGCCUCCAGUGCCUACGACAUAGUGAAGAACUAUAGUGCCGACUACGACAAAACUUUAAUUUAUAAUAAAGUUCAUCACGAACUUAAUCAGUUCUGCAGCAUCCACACUUUGCAAGAGGUUUAUAUUGAUCUCUUUGACCAAAUUGAUGAGAAUUUGAAGAAGGCUCUCCAGUCUGACCUAAAUACGAUGGCUCCGGGACUCAUCAUUCAGGCGGUACGCGUGACGAAGCCAAAAAUCCCCGAGAAUAUUCGCCGCAACUACGAAUCGAUGGAGGCCGAGAAAACGAAACUCUUGAUUGCUCAGCAGCGGCAAAAGGUCGUGGAAAAAGAGGCUGAAACAGAACGCAAACGGGCUGUAAUCGCCUGUGGGAUGGUUCGACUUCAUCGGAAGGCCUUCAGCCGACCGGUAGACACGUAA